AUGAAGGGAGGAACUGCUUCUACUUUUCUUCUGAAAUCUCAAUGCCAUGUCUUGAUUUUCAGAGGCCAGCGUUCUCGAGUGGCAGAGCGGAGCCGUUUGCCUAGCGGGUCGAGCAGGUCAUCAAGGGACAGCUUAAUGCAUAUUUCUACAAUCAAAGAAGGCAAGGACGAGGCGGAGGAGUUCCUGAAGAUGGCCAAGGAGAAGACUGACGACGUUGCCGAGGGCGCAAAGGAGACAGUGCAGGAGACCAAGGAGGUGGUGCUCGGCGAGUCCGACGAUGACAUGGACAAGUUCAAGCAGCAGGUCGAGCAGGGGAGCUACGAUCAGAAAUAA